GACCCCGCGGCGCCGGACGCGCUCGCGGUCGUGCUCCACUUCAAGGGCUUCCUCGCGCUCGCGGCGCACCGCGCGGCGCACGCGCUGUGGGGCAGCGGCGACCGCGACGUCGCGCUGCUCCUGCAGGGCCGCGCGUCGGCGCUCUUCGGCGUCGACAUCCACCCGGCGGCGUCCGUCGGCGCGGGCGCGUUCCUCGACCACGCGACGGGCAUCGUCGUCGGCGAGCAGGCGAGCCUCGGCGAGGGCUGCUACGUGCUCCACGGCGUCACGCUCGGCGCGACGGGCAAGGUCCGCGACGGCCGGCGCCACCCGGCCGUCGGCGCGGGCGUCACGCUCGGCUCCGGCGCGUCGGUCCUCGGCCCGAUCACCGUCGGCGACGGCGCGACGGUCGGCGCGAACGCGUGCGUCACGAAGGACGUCGAGGCCGGCGCGACGGUCGUCGAGACGGGCUACCUCAACAACCGCGUCCUCGCGCCCCGGAAGAAGAAGGCGAGCUAG